UAUAAAGGCGCCUGUCGCAGUCGCCUAGCGGCCGCCAUUAAAACAAAAACUGGCAGUGAGGAACUGCGGAGAACUGUUGCCCUGCACCGCUUAAUUUUGUGUGGCCAAAAAGGGGCAGUCACGUAAGGUUCGUUUUGUAAUAUACAGGUAACAUUACAGGUAACGUACCCUCCACAGGGAGUGUUGCCUUAGGCCCGCCCCGAGGUGCGACCUUGGGUGGGAACAACCGUUUUUCCCCCCUCCCCUCCCCCACCCCAUCAACAUCCUACGACAGUCCGGGCAGUUGAGAAGGCCACCCCGACUUCGUGCCUGCAGCCCAGUUCCUCUUAGGUCUUGGACUGGUGUGGAUCGCUGCUGCCUGUACUGUAAUUUUGGAAAUGCAAGAGAAAGACAUGUAUUUGUAAGCAGGAUUCGAAGCAGUUAAGAAUGUCUCUGCCAAGUCGACAAACAGCUAUUAUUGUUAACCCUCCUCCACCAGAGUAUAUAAAUACCAAGAAAAAUGGGCGAUUGACAAAUCAACUUCAGUAUCUACAAAAAGUUGUCCUAAAGGAUUUAUGGAAGCAUAGUUUUUCAUGGCCUUUUCAACAUCCUGUGGAUGCUGUGAAACUAAAGUUGCCUGAUUAUUAUACCAUUAUAAAAAACCCAAUGGAUUUAAAUACAAUUAAGAAGCGCUUGGAGAAUAAAUAUUAUGUGAAGGCUUCAGAAUGUAUAGAAGACUUCAAUACAAUGUUCUCAAAUUGUUAUUUAUAUAACAAGCCUGGAGAUGACAUUGUUCUUAUGGCACAAGCUCUCGAGAAGCUGUUUAUGCAGAAAUUAUCUCAGAUGCCACAAGAAGAGCAAGUUGUGGGUGGUAAGGAAAGAAUCAAGAAAGGCACUCAACAGAAUAUAGCUGUUUUUUCUGCUAAAGAAAAAUCAUCACCCAACGCAACAGAAAAAGUAUUUAAGCAGCAAGCAAUUCCUUCUGUAUUUCCUAAGACAUCUGUUUCUCCCUUGAACAUGGCACAAGGAGCUUCAGUCAACUCCAGUUCACAAACUGCGGCCCAGGUUACAAAGGGUGUGAAGAGGAAAGCAGAUACAACAGCUCCUGCAACUUCAGUAGUUAAAGCAAGUAGUGAAUUUUCUCCAACAUUCACAGAAAAAUCAGUGACAUUGCCACCAAUAAAAGAAAAUAUGCCAAAGAAUGUUUUGCCAGAUUCUCAGCAACAAUAUAAUGUUGUGAAGAGUGUUAAAGUAACUGAACAAUUAAGGCACUGUAGUGAGAUUCUUAAAGAAAUGCUUGCAAAGAAACAUUUUUCAUAUGCAUGGCCCUUUUAUAAUCCUGUUGAUGUUAAUGCUUUGGGACUCCAUAACUACUAUGACAUUGUCAAAAAUCCAAUGGAUCUUGGAACUAUUAAGGAGAAAAUGGAUAACCAAGAAUAUAAGGAUGCAUACAAAUUUGCGGCAGAUGUUAGAUUAAUGUUCAUGAAUUGCUACAAGUACAAUCCUCCAGAUCACGAAGUUGUGACAAUGGCAAGAAUGCUUCAGGAUGUUUUUGAAAAGCAUUUUUCAAAGAUCCCAGUUGAACCUGUUGAGAGUAUGCCUUUAUGUUACAUCAAAACAGAUAUCACAGAAACCACUGGUAGAGAGAACACUAAUGAAGCCUCCUCUGAAGGGAACUCUUCUGGUGAUUCUGAAGAUGAACGAGUUCAGCGUCUUGCAAAGCUUCAGGAGCAGCUUAAAGCUGUACAUCAACAGCUCCAGGUUUUGUCCCAAGUACCUUUCCGUAAGCUAAAUAAAAAGAAAGAGAAGUCUAAAAAGGAAAAGAAAAAAGAAAAGGUUAACAACAGCAAUGAAAAUUCAAGAAAACUGUGUGAGCAAAUGAGACUAAAGGAAAAGUCCAAGAGAAAUCAGCCAAAGAAAAGGAAACAACAGUACAUUGGUCAAAAAUCUGAAGAUGAAGAUAAUGCUAAACCUAUGAACUAUGAUGAGAAAAGGCAGUUAAGUUUGAAUAUAAACAAACUCCCUGGAGAUAAACUUGGGCGAGUAGUUCAUAUAAUACAGUCAAGAGAGCCUUCUCUGAGCAAUUCCAAUCCUGAUGAGAUAGAGAUAGACUUUGAAACACUGAAAGCAUCAACACUAAGAGAAUUAGAAAAAUAUGUUUUGGCAUGUCUAAGAAAGAGACCAUUAAAACCUCCUGCUAGGAAAGUAAUGAUGUCCAAAGAAGAACUUCACUCACAGAAAAAACAGGAAUUGGAAAAGCGGUUACUGGAUGUUAAUAAUCAGUUAAAUUCUAGAAAACGUCAAACAAAAUCUGAGAAAACGCAACCAUCCAAAGCUGUUGGAAGUGUUUCCCGACUGAGUGAGAGCAGCAGCAGCAGCUCAUCGGAGUCUGAAAGUAGCAGCAGUGACUUAAGCUCUUCAGACAGCAGUGGUUCCGAAUCAGAAAUGUUCCCUAAGUUUACAGAAGUAAAACCAAAUGAUUCUCCUUCUAAAGAGAAUGUAAAAAAAAUGAAGAUUGAAUGUAUACUGCCUGAAGGAAGAAUAGGCGUCACACAGAUAGAAUAUUCUGUGCAAGACAAAACCUCUGCCAAUACUACCCUUGUUCAUCAGACCACACCUUCACAUGUAAUGCCACCAAAUCACCACCAAUUAGCAUUUAAUUAUCAAGAAUUAGAACAUUUACAGACCAUGAAAAACAUUUCACCUUUCCAAAUUCGGCCUCCCUCAGGUGAUUCUGAACAGCUCUCAAAUGGCAUAACUGUGAUGCAUCCAUCUGGUGAUAAUGACACAACGAUAUUAGAAUCUGAACGUCAAGCUCCUGUGCAGAAGGAUAUAAAGAUUAAGAACGCAGAUUCAUGGAAAAGUUUAGGCAAAUCCGUGAAACCAUCAGGUGUCAUGAAAUCCUCAGAUGAGCUCUUCAACCAAUUUAGAAAAGCAGCCAUAGAAAAGGAAGUAAAAGCUCGGACACAGGAACUCAUACGGAAGCAUUUGGAACAAAAUACAAAGGAACCAAAAGUAUCCCAAGAAAACCAGAGGGAUCUUGGGAAUGGAUUGACUGUAGAAUCUUUUUCAAAUAAAAUACAAAACAAGUGCUCUGGAGAAGAGCAGAAAGAACAUCAGCAGUCAUUGGAAGCUCAAGAUAAAUCCAAACUCUGGCUUCUCAAAGACCGUAAUUUAGCAAGGGAGAAAGAACAAGAGAGGAGGAGGAGAGAAGCAAUGGCGGGUACCAUUGAUAUGACCCUUCAAAGUGACAUUAUGACAAUGUUUGAAAACAACUUUGAUUAAAACUUAGUUUUUAAAUUAACCAACUUAAAAUGAAUGGUAAAACAUCAAAAUGCAUAUGGUAAAGUGAUUGCUUUCAGAUACCAAGAUACCAAUCUUAUAUUGUAUUUUGACUGCUCUAAAAUGAUUAAACAGUUUUCACUUACAUUUUUAA